AUGAAUAUGUUGGAUGAUGAAGAUGACCAAAGCUUUCACGCUACGCGUGACGGCUACUCCCAUUUGAGCGAUGUCGAAUGGGAUGCGGUUGAACGAAUGGGUCCGACCAUGGGCAUCCAUGCUGUUAGCGUCAUGCCAGAGGCUCUCAAUAGAGAUGCCCAACAUGCUACUAUCGCCAAGUUCAUUCAAAAUGAACUUGACGCAGAACGCGAGAAAGGGGUCGAAGAAGACUCCCUCUUGAGAUGGUUCGUCGAAUUGGAUGACGCCAUAAGGGCGCGUCGCAUCGACGACGGGGAUAUGCAAGUUGCAUUUGCCCAGUCAAAUCUGGCAGGACGUGCCAAGACUUGGGCACUGGGGCUCAAGCUGCACGACCCAUAUGCGUUUGGGUCGUUGGAAGUCUUCAAGUCGCGGCUCAGACAAACGUUUGAACUGGCCUAG